AUGGAUUAAAUUGAAUUAGAAUCAAGAGCAAAAGAAAACAAAAUUUAACAAUUAUUAAUUUAAUUAAAAUCAUUCUUAGAGAACUUGAAUCUUUAAGUUAUCAAAAGCAAUUUUAAUUCUAAUAAGAAUAGUAUGGUCAUUCAAAAUUCUUACUAAUCUUUAAAUCAAUUAACUGAACUUUCGAAUGACAAACCUUAAUUCGAAUUAUAUAAUUACAUCAAAUAAGAUAGAUGUUUUUCUUUCGCUUUUUCUUUGGAUUCUUCAGUAUUGGUUGUUAGAUAAAAUCGUAUGAUAAAAUUAUUUGAGUUCAAAGAUGGAAGUUUAAAAGAAACAUAAUAAUUAACUGAACAUAAGGAAUAUGUGAGAUGUCUCUAUUUUAUGAAAAAGGCUCUACAAUUUGUGUCUGGAUGCAAUCACAAUUUAAUCAUAAUUUGGUCAGGGGAUGAUAAAAGACAUUGGUAUUGUGAUUAAAUAUUAAAUAGACAUACAGAUUAUAUAAAAGGAGGAUUAAUAAUGAAUAUCAAAGAAGAUUUAAUUAUCUCGGGUAGAGAUGAUCUCACAAUUAGAUUUUGGAUUAAAUAGAAUAAUCUAUGGAAACUUCAAAAAACAUUGAUGGGUCAUCAAAAAGAAGUAAAGAUUAUAAGUCUAAAUGAUUCCUCAAGAAGAAGAAAUUUUGCAUAUAUAUGAAUUAGAUAAGUUAACACACCAAUUUAUUAAAUCCAAAUCAAUAAAGAUAAAGUCAGAUGAUAAUAGAUGUGAUUUCUUUCCUUAAUAAUUUAAUAAAGAAAAAUAAAUAUUGUUACAUAAAAAUGGAAGAACUAUUAAUAUUAUUAAAAUUAUUGAUUAUCUAGAAUUUAUUCCAGUCUAAUAUAUUCAAAAUUUUGAUAAUUAUCUAUAUGGUGCCAUGACGAAUGAUGAGUAAUAUUAAGUUACAUGGGACUAUUAAGAUAAAGAAAUUAAAAUAGAAAAUACAAGGAAUGAAUAAUAAAUAUUCAAUAUUAUUAAAAUCUCAUUCAGAAUCUUAUUUACAAAGUAAAUAAUUACAACUAAAGUUAAACAUAAAAUUUUCCAUUUCUUAACAUAAAGUUAUAAAUAAUUUUUUGGCUAUUAGCAAAACAGAAUAGCACAAUAAAUUUAUUAAUUUAAGUUAUAAUUUUUGAAAUAAUAUUGA